AUGUCUCAAAUUUCAAAGUUAUUAAGGCAGAGGAAUAACUUAAAAGCAAAAUUAGCAAGGAUACAUAAAUUUUUAGAAUCAGAAAAUGUUACGCAAUUGGAACACGAGGUACAGCUACGCUACGACGACAUCGAUACGAUCUGGUCGAACUUUGAAGAUAUCCAAAGCCAAAUAGAAGAACUCAAGGAUGAUGAGGAGGACGACGAAGAAAGGAGUUCAUUUGAAGUAAAAUAUUAUUCGGCAAAGGCGCAGAUGAAAGCCAUCCUAGACACGCAGUCGACAACGAUAAUAAGAAUCCAAGAUGCCUCUGGGAAGUGGGUGAAUGCUCGCUGCCUGCUCGAUUCCGGGAGUGAAAUCAAUAUUGUUACCCGCAAACUCGCAUCUCUACUAAAAAUAAAGAAUAACUACCAUCCAUGCACCAUACAGGGUGUGGGCAACAGCAAUAAUCAAUCACAAGUGAGUGUUACUACUAAUAUCUCAUCAAGACACAAUAACUACACCACUAAUCUUACAUUUUUAGUUAUGGACAACAUUACAGUGCCACUACCACAGUCAUUCAUAAAUACACAGACUUGGAAUAUACCUAACAAAUUAGUGCAGACACUUGCAGAUCCUACCUUCUUCAAACCUAGCAACAUUGAACUUCUCAUAGGAGCUGAAAUGUUUUACAACAUCUUACAGACGGGACGGAUUAAACUAGGUCCUAACCUACCUCUUCUAAUAGAAACUACAUUUGGUUGGAUUGUGUCGGGUGCAGUCAACACAGACAGACUAACUCAUCACAACAAUACUUUACAUACUAGUUUGCAUGUUACCACACAGACUACUACAGACACUCUUCUAAAGGCAUUCUGGGAACAAGAAGAAAUAUCUAAUGCUAACAAGCUACUCUCCCCAGAAGAUAAAUAUUGUGAAGAUUUAUUUCAAUCUACCACUACACAAGACCAAACAGGUCGCUACAUCGUUAACCUGCCUAUACAAAAAGAAAAAUUACCUGAGCUAGGUAAUUCAUUCAAUACUGCAUAUCGAUACUUGAUGCAACUCGAGGCAAGGUUCCAAAAGGAUACCAUCUUACAUUCACAAUAUAAGGCAUUCAUAAAUGAAUUUGUUGAACUAGGUCAUGCCCACUAUAUAAAUAAAUUCUCACCUACAGAUUUAAACGCAUAUUAUCUUCCACAUUUUCCAAUUGUCAAACCUGAGGCACGAAGUACUAAGUUAAGAACUGUAUUUCAUGCAAGUUCAGAAUCUUCUACAGGUUUAUCACUCAACAGCAUACUUUAUGAGGGUCCAAAUAUAUAUAAUGAUCUCUUAGAUAUAAUACUAAGAUUUAGGCUAAAUCAAUUUGUGUUCUCAUGCGACAUCAUAAAGAUGUUCAGAGGUAUCUCUAUAAACCCUGAACAACAAAGUCUGCAGAGAGUACUCUGGCGAGAAACAAGUACAGAACCUAUCAAAUGUUUAGAAUUAACUACUGUAACAUAUGGCACCAAAUGUGCACCAUACUUAGCCUGUCGCACUAUGCUUCAUCUAGCUGAAAAACAUUCACAUACACACCCUCUAGCUGCACAAUGUAUAAAAUACAAUAGCUACAUGGAUGAUUACUUGUCUGGGGCUCAGUCCGUAGAUGAAUGCAUAGAAUUAUGCUCUCAAUUAAUAAAUUUGCUUAAGAAAGCUGGGUUUUCACUACACAAGUGGACCUCUAACAAUUCACAAGUACUAAAAUCUGUAUUACCUACUGAUACAGCUACACAAAGCUCUGAGAAGCUAGAACAUACAGAAACAUCAGAAGCUGGCUAUAGUUUUACUUCAAAUACAGUGAAAACACUAGGAUUAAAAUGGACACAUACACAAGACACUCUUCAAUUAUCUUUACCUACGCGAAUCCAAGGAAAAAGUACAAAAAGACACAUACUUUCACAAAUAUCACAAAUAUUUGAUCCUAUAGGUAUUUUAGCACCUACUACUAUUCUUGCUAAAAUACUAAUGCAAGACAUAUGGAAAGAGAAUAAAGAUUGGGAUUCUGUAAUUUCCCCAGAAUUAGAAUCUUAUUGGAUCGAAUUUAUAACUCAAUUACACCACUUGCAAGUUAUUCAAAUACCUAGAUGGUAUUUCACAGACCUACCUAUCAACAUAUACUUAAUUGGAUUCUGUGAUGCUUCAAACAAAGCUUAUGGAGCUUGUCUUUACUUAAAAGCUACAUAUAAUCAAAAACCAUCUACAUGUACACUCAUCAUGGCUAAAUCAAAAGUUGCUCCCAUUAAAAGAAAACUGUCAAUUCCUAAAUUAGAGCUUGCUGGAGCAGUUAUGUUGUCAAAAAUUUCAAAAAAAUUUACUGAAGCAAUACAAAAUAAGAUUAAUAUCGAUAAAGUCUAUCUAUUCUCUGAUUCAAAUAUUAUUCUUUGUUGGAUAAAGUCUCCAUACAAGCACACUCAUGAUAGCUACACAUCACACCGCCUUAUGCAAAUAAUUGACAUAACUCAAAGUGAAAGUUGGUAUUACAUAAACACAAAGCAAAAUCCUGCUGAUCUCAUUACUCGGGGAAUCAUGCCAAAACACCUUCCUAGCUGUUCAUUGUGGUGGCAAGGAACGCCAUGGCUAGCUCAGGAUCAAAAUACCUGGCCUAUAUCUACAUCUAUACCUGAGGUUGAUACAUCUAAACAAAGCAAACAAGAAAAGAUAGUUCACACCGCCCACAUAGAUUCAAAUCCUAGUAACUCUUCCUAUUUUUAUGAUUUAUUCUGCAAACAUUCAAAUUUCACAAGGUUAAUAAGAACAAUUGCAUACAUGUUUAGAUUUAUUGACAACACAAGGAACAAACCCAAUAAAACUACAUCACACUUAAGUGUCUCCGAACUUGAAAAGGCGCAUAACUUUGUCAUCAGUACAACACAAUCACAUUCCUUUCAUAAAGAGAUUCUUUACUUACAGUCCGCUCACACCAACAAUGGUAUACAUUCAAAUAACAUCAAGGAUGUGGUAGACAUACAGUCAAAUACAUCAAAAUCACACCACAUAUCUCGUGCAUUAAAGUCAAGUCCUAUUCGAAAAUUAAAUCCCUUCAUAGAUGAAAAUCAGCUGAUUCGGGUAGGGGGUCGUAUACAACAUUCAGAUAUAUCAUACAACAAUGCACAUCCUAUUAUACUCCCAGCUAAAGACCACAUUACAACACUCAUAGUACGGCACUAUCACUUAAAAAUGUUGCAUUCUGGCAUUCAAAGCACAUUACACAACAUCAGACUGAAAUACUGGCCCAUUAAUGUUCAGAUUGAAGGGAUACUGAACUCCAGACCCCUCAGUCCAAUAACAGAUAUUCCUAAUGAUGUUACUUGCUUAACUCCUGCUCAUUUCCUUGUAGGUGCUCCCAUAACGGAUCUACCUGAGCCUAACAUGAUUGGACGAUUAGCUAACGAGCGAAGAGAGGAUUCCGAUCACGUCAGACCGAAAUCGGUCGACAUCGGAUUGAACGUGGAGGCGAUUGGUAAAUCGAAUCAAUGGAUCAUUUGUUGGGACGCGGCCGAAAUAUAUCGGCUCGAUAAUGUUGAUAAAAAUGAUGGGGGCGGUUGA